ACGAACGAAUCAAGUCAGUCGCCGGGUGUCUUUGUUGUGACGAACGUAAUUUGUUGCUCGUGACUCGCACUUCCUGCGUGUACUGUCUGUUUUACGGUGAUCCUACACUACGACGUCUACGACUUCCGUUCUGUUUCCCUAGCUGGUUUUGAGUUAAACGUGAAGCAAUUCAAGUAAAUGAUGCAGACGAACGGUUCUGAGAACCUCGGUAACGAAAAUACAAACGAGAAGACAGGAUGGACGGUUGGAUUAAUAAAUGGAAAGUUUAAGUACCUUACAGCAGAAACCUUUGGUUUUAAAAUCAAUGCAAAUGGAUCCAGUCUAAAAAAGAAACAAUUGUGGAUGUUGGAGGGCAGUGAACAGCAAGUCUACCUUAGAUCUCACUUGGAUCGUUAUCUGGCUGUGGAUCAGUUUGGAAAUGUUACCUGUGAGGCAGAAGAUCCAUCAGACCCUGGCUGUUCUUUUCAAAUUCAAUUGGCUUCUGAUGGAAGUGGAAGGUGGGCAUUGAAAAACAUCCAGCGUGGAUAUUUCUUGGGUUCAAGUCAAGAUGAACUCAAAUGCAUGGCCAAAGCUCCGGGUGAGGCAGAAUACUGGCUUGUGCACCUUGCAGCUAGACCUCAAGUCAAUCUGAAAUCAGCUGGAAGGAAGCGUUUUGCUCAUUUGAGUGCCACACAGGAUGAAAUUCAUGUAGAUGCACCAGUCCCUUGGGGUGAGGAUACUCUGUUCACCUUAGAAUUUCGUCCCGCUUCUAUGGAAGACAAUAGCCAGGAGAAUACUAAAUCUGAAGGUGGACACUAUGCACUUCAUACUUGCAACAAUAAAUAUUUAGCACGCGAUGGAAAACUUUUGGACUCUUGUACACGCGAUUGUUUGUAUGCGGCUGAGUUUCAUGCUGGACUACUUGCACUCAGGGAUUUAUAUGGAGCAUACUUAGCACCCAUUGGAAGUAAAGCUGUUUUAAAAUCAAGAUCUACAACUGUGACACGAGACGAGUUGUUUUCUUUAGAAGAAUCAUUGCCACAAGCUUCAUUUGUCGCUGCUUUAAACCAACGAUACGUUUCUGUGAAACAGGGCGUUGAUGUAACAGCUAACCAGGAUGAAAUCUCUGGACAUGAGACCUUCCAAUUGGAAUUUGAUCGUGUCACCAAGAGGUGGUACGUGCGCACCAUGCAGGACCGUUACUGGAGUCUUGAGGCUGGUGGAGGAAUCCAAGCAUCGGAGCACAAACGUUCCUCCAAUGCUCUGUUUGACUUGGUCUGGCAAUCCACUGAUGGUACAGUGGCUUUGCGUGCCAACAAUGGCAAAUUUCUGGCAACCAAACGCUCUGGACACCUCUAUGCGAAUGCAGACUCAGUGAACGGAGCAGACUUGGGCGCCACUAAAUACUAUUUCUACUUGAUGAAUAGACCUGUUUUGGUUCUGCGAUGUGAACAAGGAUUCGUAGGGCCUAAGAGUGCAUCCAGUUCGAAACUUGAAUGUAACAAAGCCAUAUAUGAGACCAUUAGAGUGGAGAGAUGCGAACAGGGAAUUGUUAGAUUUAAAGGUCAAAAUGGUAAGUACUGGCAUGCAGAUAGUGAAGGAGUCAAUGUGGACUCUGACAUAUCUUCUGAUGGCUUUUAUUUGGAACUGAGGGAGCCAUCUCGUCUUUGCAUCAAGCAUACUGCUGAAGGAAGAUAUCUGACUGCAGGUAAAAACGGGGCACUGCGUCUGGGAGACACAGAUUACGAGUCCGCUACCAAAUGGGAAUUCUAAUCAAACGAACAUGUAAAAGCUAUGUUCCUUCUGAACUCGUUUUGUCGCAUUAUUUAAACAAACUGGCUCAAUAUUUGAAUAUAAUAAGUCGAAGGUCGCUUUGAAAAGAACGAACAAGUGAAUCUAUUCAACGAAUUGAAAUUUAGUUGACAAAAUUUAAAAUUACAUCCAGAAAAAAGAGAUUGUCAAAUUUGAAAGGAACAUAGCUGAAAUCACUGCCCUUUUAUAGCUUCGAACGUAAUCUAAUAUCAUAUUUAUAAGUACAGAAGGGGCUCCUAUUGAGUACUUAAUUAGGAGUACAGUACUACCCGCUUUAAUGUUCAUCAGCAAUUUUUGGAACUUGAUUUUGGAGAAACCUAGUCUAGAUAUCUAAACUUGCCUGUUUUUUCAUAAACUUAUCGAAUCGAUAUUUGAGUACUUCAAUUAAUAAUACGAUCCCAAAUUGAGGACAAUUAAGCGGACAGUACUGUGCAAUUAUCGAACUGACUUUUCUACAAUUUUUUACUUUUACUUCUAAUGACUUUUCUACUCGAGAAAUAUCGUAUAAGACUGAUCAUUCACAUGUCUGCAAAGAAAUUAAGGCUAUUAUAACGUUCCUUAAUUUAAAGAAAGGUAAUCGAUACGAAUCCACUGUUUUCAUGUAAAUUGAAACUUUCUCCUUUCUCGAUUCGAAUCGUUACUCGAUAUAUUAUUUAUUUCUUUAACAUUAAACGUUCGAUCGGUUGACAAACUUACCACACCAAGGACAAUAAUUUAUUUUACAAAUCUUCAAUCUUAUUCCGUGUUACGAAAAUAUUAUUUGUAAUUUUCUUCCUUUCGUUUAUGUUUUGUCUUUAAAAGAAGUAUAGAUGGUACAAGUGAGAAUUUAUUACAGUAACUUUUUAGACCCACAGGUGAUUGUUUCUCAUGUCGACCAGCUUUUAUGCUGUUUAUGAUUUAUGAUUUAACCGUUUAGUUAAGCAAGUAUCUAAAAAAGAACCAGGUAUAUAUAUAUAUACCUGGUUCUUUUUAUAUAUAUGCAGUAAAAUAGAAAGUAUUAAUCUGGCCAAUCGUUUAAGUAUUAAAAAGAAUUCAGUUUUCUAGUCUCGAUAUUAAUAUUAAUACUACUUCCGAUGCUUGAAUUCCUAUACAAAACAUUUCUACACUAGACAGCACAUUUACGAAGUAUGUCAACAGGUAAAAUAGUGUCUUAGUUAACAAUCCUUAAUCAUUCCAUAACAUAAAGAUACUUUAUAUUGCUCAAACAUACGUUAUUAACGCUUUAUCGACUGGCCUAAUAAUCAAUAAGUUGGCUAUUAGCGAGUAGAAAAUCCAAGCAAUUUAUUUAUUGACACAAUACAAUUAUUCUCAAUAGAGGUCAGGAUUUGCCACGCAUUAUUUUCUUAUCUAUUUACAAUUUAUAGUACUAUCUUAUAAAUUAUAUUACAUAAUUUGUCACAUUAGUGUACAUUUGUCGCCAUUUUUAGUAUGCAACAGACAGUUUACAACUGGCUGUAAAUAUUGGUCUAAUUAAACAGUUGGUGUAUGUGUUUCAGUAGGUAAAACGUUAAUAAAAAAAACGCACAAACGCAUCGUUAGUGUAAACUUGCUAUCUAGUGUACAUAACAUUAUAAAGUCGAUGCAAUAAUCGAAUAUAUAUGUGUAAUUUGAGAGACCACGCUUUUUCUACAUAACAGAUUCACAUUCCGCGAGCUGUGCAAUGAUCGAAACAUUUUUGCAGUUAUUUUUGUGAACAAAAUUUUACAUUGUAGCCCACUUCAAAACGAAUGGAAGCAUGAAUCGUUUUUCUAUCUUUUAAUGUGGAACUUGGGCGUGUAUUUUAUCGAUUAGAGUGUAAGGGCUUCUAAAAAUAGGUAAAGCUUUACCCUUUGUUGUCGACAUUUAUAGUUUUCCAUCUACACCUAUAUUUCGAUUCGACACUAGGAAAGAUAUUAAUUUUGGAUCUGCUUGAUUUUUUUUCUUCUUUAUACAAUACAAUAUUUUAUCUGCUCUCUAUUUUUUUAUGCACAACAGAGAUCUGACAUCAUAACUUUAUUUUCAAUGGAACUAUUCGUAAUUUACAUUAUUUACUAUUUUAAGGAAAGCGGGGCAAACUAAGUGUAUUAUGUAAGCAAUAAAUGCUACUGUCAAAACAA